GAAAUACAAGAUUAAACAGGAAAGAGACACACUGGAAAUGACCAAGGCUGAGAUUCAAUUGGAGAAAGAAGAUGCAAACAAACUGUCAGAGGAGAUUAAAGCACAGAAAACCAAGAUGAAAGAGAUGACCCUUCAGCUUGACACAGAAAGAGACCAACUUGACAACAGCAUGAACAAAAUAUCCUUGAAACAACAAGAACAAGAGCUCAAGGAAGCUGAGCUUCAAGGGCUGCAAGAGCAAAUGGAGAGCACCCAGCGCAGUGUACUUUCAGCAAGACAAGAACUGGAAGAUCUGAAGAACACUCUCAACAAGCAGAAGGAUGAAGUGGAAGCUGGCAUGACCAUCAUCAGGGAAGAGAGACAACAACUCAAUCAGAUAAAGAUGGAUUUGGAGAGGGGAAGAGAAAUGCUCAUAACCGAAAAGCAGAAAAUAAGGUCUGAGGAGGAGGACCUGGUGAACAAAAUGAAACCAAUGGAAUUGCUCAAAGUCAAACUUCAACAGCUGAAUGAAAAGAUGAGUUUAGACCUGAAAAACAAAAUGGACAGUCUGCAGCAGAAAAAUGAAGAUCUGCAAAAGCUGUACUGUGGAUUGGAGCAGGGGUUAGUCCUACUCAACGACAAGAAAGAACACAUGGAUGGUUACACCCAGCUGUUAGACAGAGAAAGGACAAGUCUGAAAAGUCUUGUGUCAGACAUGGCCACCCAGAAAGAAGAAUUGGACAAACCAAUGCAGCUGAAGUUGGAGGCUGACAAACUUGAUCUUGAGAAACUAAAGGCAGAGCUGAGGAAAGAGAAAGAUGACCUGAACGAAGAGAAGGAAAUCUUGGCCAAGGAAAAACUGGAAUUGGAACUGAUGAGAUGUGACAUCCAGAAACAAAGUGACCUCCUGGAAGAAGAGAAAUACAAGAUUAAACAGGAAAGAGACACACUGGAAAUGACCAAGGCUGAGAUUCAAUUGGAGAAAGAAGAUGCAAACAAACUGUCAGAGGAGAUUAACGCACAGAAAACCAAGAUGAAAGAGAUGACCCUUCAGCUUGACACAGAAAGAGACCAACUUGACAACAGCAUGAACAAAAUAUCCUUGAAACAACAAGAACAAGAGCUCAAGGAAGCUGAGCUUCAAGUGCUGCAAGAGCAAAUGGAGAGCACCCAGCGCAGUGUACUUUCAGCAAGACAAGAACUGGAAGAUCUGAAGAACACUCUCAACAAGCAGAAGGAUGAAGUGGAAGCUGGCAUGACCAUCAUCAGGGAAGAGAGACAACAACUCAAUCAGAUAAAGAUGGAUUUGGAGAGGGGAAGAGAAAUGCUCAUAACCGAAAAGCAGAAAAUAAGGUCUGAGGAGGAGGACCUGGUGAACAAAAUGAAACCAAUGGAAUUGCUCAAAGUCAAACUUCAACAGCUGAAUGAAAAGAUGAGUUUAGACCUGAAAAACAAAAUGGACAGUCUGCAGCAGAAAAAUGAAGAUCUGCAAAAGCUGUACUGUGGAUUGGAGCAGGGGUUAGUCCUACUCAACGACAAGAAAGAACACAUGGAUGGUUACACCCAGCUGUUAGACAGAGAAAGGACAAGUCUGAAAAGUCUUGUGUCAGACAUGGCCACCCAGAAAGAAGAAUUGGACAAACCAAUGCAGCUGAAGUUGGAGGCUGACAAACAUGAUCUUGAGAAACUAAAGGCAGAGCUGAGGAAAGAGAAAGAUGACCUGAACGAAGAGAAGGAAAUCUUGGCCAAGGAAAAACUGGAAUUGGAACUGAUGAGAUGUGACAUCCAGAAACAAAGUGACCUCCUGGAAGAAGAGAAAUACAAGAUUAAACAGGAAAGAGACACACUGGAAAUGACCAAGGCUGAGAUUCAAUUGGAGAAAGAAGAUGCAAACAAACUGUCAGAGGAGAUUAAAGCACAGAAAACCAAGAUGAAAGAGAUGACCCUUCAGCUUGACACAGAAAGAGACCAACUUGACAACAGCAUGAACAAAAUAUCCUUGAAACAACAAGAACAAGAGCUCAAGGAAGCUGAGCUUCAAGGGCUGCAAGAGCAAAUGGAGAGCACCCAGCGCAGUGUACUUUCAGCAAGACAAGAACUGGAAGAUCUGAAGAACACUCUCAACAAGCAGAAGGAUGAAGUGGAAGCUGGCAUGACCAUCAUCAGGGAAGAGAGACAACAACUCAAUCAGAUAAAGAUGGAUUUGGAGAGGGGAAGAGAAAUGCUCAUAACCGAAAAGCAGAAAAUAAGGUCUGAGGAGGAGGACCUGGUGAACAAAAUGAAACCAAUGGAAUUGCUCAAAGUCAAACUUCAACAGCUGAAUGAAAAGAUGAGUUUAGACCUGAAAAACAAAAUGGACAGUCUGCAGCAGAAAAAUGAAGAUCUGCAAAAGCUGUACUGUGGAUUGGAGCAGGGGUUAGUCCUACUCAACGACAAGAAAGAACACAUGGAUGGUUACACCCAGCUGUUAGACAGAGAAAGGACAAGUCUGAAAAGUCUUGUGUCAGACAUGGCCACCCAGAAAGAAGAAUUGGACAAACCAAUGCAGCUGAAGUUGGAGGCUGACAAACAUGAUCUUGAGAAACUAAAGGCAGAGCUGAGGAAAGAGAAAGAUGACCUGAACGAAGAGAAGGAAAUCUUGGCCAAGGAAAAACUGGAAUUGGAACUGAUGAGAUGUGACAUCCAGAAACAAAGUGACCUCCUGGAAGAAGAGAAAUACAAGAUUAAACAGGAAAGAGACACACUGGAAAUGACCAAGGCUGAGAUUCAAUUGGAGAAAGAAGAUGCAAACAAACUGUCAGAGGAGAUUAAAGCACAGAAAACCAAGAUGAAAGAGAUGACCCUUCAGCUUGACACAGAAAGAGACCAACUUGACAACAGCAUGAACAAAAUAUCCUUGAAACAACAAGAACAAGAGCUCAAGGAAGCUGAGCUUCAAGGGCUGCAAGAGCAAAUGGAGAGCACCCAGCGCAGUGUACUUUCAGCAAGACAAGAACUGGAAGAUCUGAAGAACACUCUCAACAAGCAGAAGGAUGAAGUGGAAGCUGGCAUGACCAUCAUCAGGGAAGAGAGACAACAACUCAAUCAGAUAAAGAUGGAUUUGGAGAGGGGAAGAGAAAUGCUCAUAACCGAAAAGCAGAAAAUAAGGUCUGAGGAGGAGGACCUGGUGAACAAAAUGAAACCAAUGGAAUUGCUCAAAGUCAAACUUCAACAGCUGAAUGAAAAGAUGAGUUUAGACCUGAAAAACAAAAUGGACAGUCUGCAGCAGAAAAAUGAAGAUCUGCAAAAGCUGUAUUCUGGAUUGGAGCAGGGGUUAGUCCUACUCAACGACAAGAAAGAACACAUGGAUGGUUACACCCAGCUGUUAGACAGAGAAAGGACAAGUCUGAAAAGUCUUGUGUCAGACAUGGCCACCCAGAAAGAAGAAUUGGACAAACCAAUGCAGCUGAAGUUGGAGGCUGACAAACUUGAUCUUGAGAAACUAAAGGCAGAGCUGAGGAAAGAGAAAGAUGACCUGAACGAAGAGAAGGAAAUCUUGGCCAAGGAAAAACUGGAAUUGGAACUGAUGAGAUGUGACAUCCAGAAACAAAGUGACCUCCUGGAAGAAGAGAAAUACAAGAUUAAACAGGAAAGAGACACACUGGAAAUGACCAAGGCUGAGAUUCAAUUGGAGAAAGAAGAUGCAAACAAACUGUCAGAGGAGAUUAAAGCACAGAAAACCAAGAUGAAAGAGAUGACCCUUCAGCUUGACACAGAAAGAGACCAACUUGACAACAGCAUGAACAAAAUAUCCUUGAAACAACAAGAACAAGAGCUCAAGGAAGCUGAGCUUCAAGGGCUGCAAGAGCAAAUGGAGAGCACCCAGCGCAGUGUACUUUCAGCAAGACAAGAACUGGAAGAUCUGAAGAACAAUCUCAACAAGCAGAAGGAUGAAGUGGAAGCUGGCAUGACCAUCAUCAGGGAAGAGAGACAACAACUCAAUCAGAUAAAGAUGGAUUUGGAGAGGGGAAGAGAAAUGCUCAUAACCGAAAAGCAGAAAAUAAGGUCUGAGGAGGAGGACCUGGUGAACAAAAUGAAACCAAUGGAAUUGCUCAAAGUCAAACUUCAACAGCUGAAUGAAAAGAUGAGUUUAGACCUGAAAAACAAAAUGGACAGUCUGCAGCAGAAAAAUGAAGAUCUGCAAAAGCUGUACUCUGGAUUGGAGCAGGGGUUAGUCCUACUCAACGACAAGAAAGAACACAUGGAUGGUUACACCCAGCUGUUAGACAGAGAAAGGACAAGUCUGAAAAGUCUUGUGUCAGACAUGGCCACCCAGAAAGAAGAAUUGGACAAACCAAUGCAGCUGAAGUUGGAGGCUGACAAACUUGAUCUUGAGAAACUAAAGGCAGAGCUGAGGAAAGAGAAAGAUGACCUGAACGAAGAGAAGGAAAUCUUGGCCAAGGAAAAACUGGAAUUGGAACUGCUGAGAUGUGACAUCCAGAAACAAAGUGACCUCCUGGAAGAAGAGAAAUACAAGAUUAAACAGGAAAGAGACACACUGGAAAUGACCAAGGCUGAGAUUCAAUUGGAGAAAGAAGAUGCAAACAAACUGUCAGAGGAGAUUAACGCACAGAAAACCAAGAUGAAAGAGAUGACCCUUCAGCUUGACACAGAAAGAGACCAACUUGACAACAGCAUGAACAAAAUAUCCUUGAAACAACAAGAACAAGAGCUCAAGGAAGCUGAGCUUCAAGCGCUGCAAGAGCAAAUGGAGAGCACCCAGCGCAGUGUACUUUCAGCAAGACAAGAACUGGAAGAUCUGAAGAACACUCUCAACAAGCAGAAGGAUGAAGUGGAAGCUGGCAUGACCAUCAUCAGGGAAGAGAGACAACAACUCAAUCAGAUAAAGAUGGAUUUGGAGAGGGGAAGAGAAAUGCUCAUAACCGAAAAGCAGAAAAUAAGGUCUGAGGAGGAGGACCUGGUGAACAAAAUGAAACCAAUGGAAUUGCUCAAAGUCAAACUUCAACAGCUGAAUGAAAAGAUGAGUUUAGACCUGAAAAACAAAAUGGACAGUCUGCAGCAGAAAAAUGAAGAUCUGCAAAAGCUGUACUGUGGAUUGGAGCAGGGGUUAGUCCUACUCAACGACAAGAAAGAACACAUGGAUGGUUACACCCAGCUGUUAGACAGAGAAAGGACAAGUCUGAAAAGUCUUGUGUCAGACAUGGCCACCCAGAAAGAAGAAUUGGACAAACCAAUGCAGCUGAAGUUGGAGGCUGACAAACUUGAUCUUGAGAAACUAAAGGCAGAGCUGAGGAAAGAGAAAGAUGACCUGAACGAAGAGAAGGAAAUCUUGGCCAAGGAAAAACUGGAAUUGGAACUGAUGAGAUGUGACAUCCAGAAACAAAGUGACCUCCUGGAAGAAGAGAAAUACAAGAUUAAACAGGAAAGAGACACACUGGAAAUGACCAAGGCUGAGAUUCAAUUGGAGAAAGAAGAUGCAAACAAACUGUCAGAGGAGAUUAACGCACAGAAAACCAAGAUGAAAGAGAUGACCCUUCAGCUUGACACAGAAAGAGACCAACUUGACAACAGCAUGAACAAAAUAUCCUUGAAACAACAAGAACAAGAGCUCAAGGAAGCUGAGCUUCAAGUGCUGCAAGAGAAAAUGGAGAGCACCCAGCGCAGUGUACUUUCAGCAAGACAAGAACUGGAAGAUCUGAAGAACAAUCUCAACAAGCAGAAGGAUGAAGUGGAAGCUGGCAUGACCAUAAUCAGGGAAGAGAGACAACAACUCAAUCAGAUAAAGAUGGAUUUGGAGAGGGGAAGAGAAAUGCUCAUAACCAAAAACCAGAAAAUAAGGUCUGAGGAGGAGGACCUGGUGAACAAAAUGAAACCAAUGGAAUUGCUCAAAGUCAAACUUCAACAGCUGAAUGAAAAGAUGAAUUUAGACCUGAAAAACAAAAUGGACAGUCUGCAGCAGAAAAAUGAAGAUCUGCAAAAGCUGUACUGUGGAUUGGAGCAGGGCUUAGUCCUACUCAACAGCAAGAAAGAACACAUGGAUGGUUACACCCAGCUGUUAGACAGAGAAAGGACAAGUCUGAAAAGUCUUGUGUCAGACAUGGCCACCCAGAAAGAAGAAUUGGACAAACCAAUGCAGCUGAAGUUGGAGGCUGACAAACAUGAUCUUGAGAAACUAAAGGCAGAGCUGAGGAAAGAGAAAGAUGACCUGAACGAAGAGAAGGAAAUCUUGGCCAAGGAAAAACUGGAAUUGGAACUGAUGAGAUGUGACAUCCAGAAACAAAGUGACCUCCUGGAAGAAGAGAAAUACAAGAUUAAACAGGAAAGAGACACACUGGAAAUGACCAAGGCUGAGAUUCAAUUGGAGAAAGAAGAUGCAAACAAACUGUCAGAGGAGAUUAACGCACAGAAAACCAAGAUGAAAGAGAUGACCCUUCAGCUUGACACAGAAAGAGACCAACUUGACAACAGCAUGAACAAAAUAUCCUUGAAACAACAAGAACAAGAGCUCAAGGAAGCUGAGCUUCAAGUGCUGCAAGAGCAAAUGGAGAGCACCCAGCGCAGUGUACUUUCAGCAAGACAAGAACUGGAAGAUCUGAAGAACAAUCUCAACAAGCAGAAGGAUGAAGUGGAAGCUGGCAUGACCAUCAUCAGGGAAGAGAGACAACAACUCAAUCAGAUAAAGAUGGAUUUGGAGAGGGGAAGAGAAAUGCUCAUAACCGAAAAGCAGAAAAUAAGGUCUGAGGAGGAGGACCUGGUGAACAAAAUGAAACCAAUGGAAUUGCUCAAAGUCAAACUUCAACAGCUGAAUGAAAAGAUGAGUUUAGACCUGAAAAACAAAAUGGACAGUCUGCAGCAGAAAAAUGAAGAUCUGCAAAAGCUAUACUGUGGAUUGGAGCAGGGGUUAGUCCUACUCAACGACAAGAAAGAACACAUGGAUGGUUACACCCAGCUGUUAGACAGAGAAAGGACAAGUCUGAAAAGUCUUGUGUCAGACAUGGCCACCCAGAAAGAAGAAUUGGACAAACCAAUGCAGCUAAAGUUGGAGGCUGACAAACUUGAUCUUGAGAAACUACAGGCAGAGCUGAGGAAAGAGAAAGAUGACCUGAACGAAGAGAAGGAAAUCUUGGCCAAGGAAAAACUGGAAUUGGAACUGAUGAGAUGUGACAUCCAGAAACAAAGUGACCUCCUGGAAGAAGAGAAAUACAAGAUUAAACAGGAAAGAGACACACUGGAAAUGACCAAGGCUGAGAUUCAAUUGGAGAAAGAAGAUGCAAACAAACUGUCAGAGGAGAUUAACGCACAGAAAACCAAGAUGAAAGAGAUGACCCUUCAGCUUGACACAGAAAGAGACCAACUUGACAACAGCAUGAACAAAAUAUCCUUGAAACAACAAGAACAAGAGCUCAAGGAAGCUGAGCUUCAAGUGCUGCAAGAGAAAAUGGAGAGCACCCAGCGCAGUGUACUUUCAGCAAGACAAGAACUGGAAGAUCUGAAGAACACUCUCAACAAGCAGAAGGAUGAAGUGGAAGCUGGCAUGACCAUCAUCAGGGAAGAGAGACAACAACUCAAUCAGAUAAAGAUGGAUUUGGAGAGGGGAAGAGAAAUGCUCAUAACCGAAAAGCAGAAAAUCAGGUCUGAGGAGGAGGACCUGGUGAACAAAAUGAAACCAAUGGAAUUGCUCAAAGUCAAACUUCAACAGCUGAAUGAAAAGAUGAGUUUAGACCUGAAACACAAAAUGGACAGUCUGCAGCAGAAAAAUGAAGAUCUGCAAAAGCUGUAUUCUGCAUUGGAGCAGGGGUUAGUCCUACUCAACGACAAGAAAGAACACAUGGAUGGUUACACCCAGCUGUUAAACAGAGAAAGGACAAGUCUGAAAAGUCUUGUGUCAGACAUGGCCACCCAGAAAGAAGAAUUGGACAAACCAAUGCAGCUGAAGUUGGAGGCUGACAAACUUGAUCUUGAGAAACUAAAGGCAGAGCUGAGGAAAGAGAAAGAUGACCUGAACGAAGAGAAGGAAAUCUUGGCCAAGGAAAAACUGGAAUUGGAACUGAUGAGAUGUGACAUCCAGAAACAAAGUGACCUCCUGGAAGAAGAGAAAUACAAGAUUAAACAGGAAAGAGACACACUGGAAAUGACCAAGGCUGAGAUUCAAUUGGAGAAAGAAGAUGCAAACAAACUGUCAGAGGAGAUUAACGCACAGAAAACCAAGAUGAAAGAGAUGACCCUUCAGCUUGACACAGAAAGAGACCAACUUGACAACAGCAUGAACAAAAUAUCCUUGAAACAACAAGAACAAGAGCUCAAGGAAGCUGAGCUCCAAGCGCUGCAAGAGAAAAUGGAGAGCACCCAGCGCAGUGUACUUUCAGCAAGACAAGAACUGGAAGAUCUGAAGAACAAUCUCAACAAGCAGAAGGAUGAAGUGGAAGCUGGCAUGACCAUCAUCAGGGAAGAGAGACAACAACUCAAUCAGAUAAAGAUGGAUUUGGAGAGGGGAAGAGAAAUGCUCAUAACCGAAAAGCAGAAAAUAAGGUCUGAGGAGGAGGACCUGGUGAACAAAAUGAAACCAAUGGAAUUGCUCAAAGUCAAACUUCAACAGCUGAAUGAAAAGAUGAGUUUAGACCUGAAACACAAAAUGGACAGUCUGCAGCAGAAAAAUGAAGAUCUGCAAAAGCUGUACUUCUGGAUUGGAGCA